CGCAGAACUUUUUUUUUUCUUGGCUUCCUUUUUUUCUUUAUUACAGAUUGGGAGACUUUGCUUUUCACCUCCAUUUCUCAUGACAACUCUUGAAAAUCCUACUGCUGCUGACUCUGCCAGCAGCCCUGCUCCCGAAGUACCUGCAACUGCGAAUAAAGAUGAGUCACCAGUUCACAAUGCUCCAUCUUUGGCAUCAUCUCCCAUACCCACUACUCCCAUCGAACGUACCACUUCCAAAAGCAGUACUCAUUCUGAGGCCGCACCCGUGAGUCAACCAAUCACGACUCAAUUAGCCACCCAACCCACCAGUCAACCCGCGAGUCAGCCUGUCAGUCAGCCCGUUAAACCACAAGUGCAUCCUGCAGUGACCAAGUUAAAGGCGCAGCUGGCUCUACAACGGCGUCAUUUGGAAGGUCUGGAGAUAGAACGGCAACAAUACAAGGCCGAAAGCAAAGCGCUUGAAGAUCGAUUACAAAAAACCAAAGAAAAAAUGCAACAACGAGAGCAAGCGAGAAUUCAACUGGAGAAAAAUUACAACGACCACUUACGGUCGAUGCGUGCCACCAACGAUGAUCUCGACUCUAUUGCAGAUAAGCUUCGACAGCUGAAACAGCAAAUCGCCAAUUUGGCCGAUGAGCUCAUGGACCGGUUGGAUCCCGUCGUCGCCACCCAAGCACUUCAAACCUUUUGGUUGAACCUACAAGAUCCCAUCCAAGAAAUGGGGUCUCCUUUACCCCUUCCACGUAUACGCAUGCUGACCGAGAAAUUUAUCAUGGACGUACUAGUGCAAAAUAUGAACCUCAAUGUGUUUCCAGGUUUGCAGGUCGCCGACGAGUAUAACCAACUCCAGUACUUUUUUGAAAAACACGAUCCUGCUUUCAGUAUUCGGUUACGACAGGAAAUUGCCCUGGUGGUCGUGGCGAAAAAUAUCCGUGGAAACGACGUGCAUCAAUCUUUAUACCAGGCAGUGCAGAACAACUGGAAAUUCCUCUACGGAGGACUCAUCAAAGCGUACCCUUCCAUUUACCAGUACGAUAAGGCCGAAACAGAUGUACGAAAACAAUAUGGCGCCAAAGUUCAAAUGCUUGUAGAACAUUCCAUGGCUUUAGGAUUCGCAAUGAAGGGACAAGAAGUCGAUAUUGCGGCAGCAGACACUCGUGAACGCGUUCAGCCAUUCAAUCCAGAGUUGAUGAUUGACCAAGACAACCGAAAUUCCGGGAUUGUUCAGUUCUGCAUAUGCCCGCCCUUUGUCGUCUACGGUUCGCAAAUUCGAGCCCUUGAAAAAGGACGAGUCCUGUGCUCAGCCAAUCCGUAAACUGUUGACCACUUGAUAUUUUUUUUCAAGGGAUACAUGGUUUUUUUUAUACGUUGCUCUUGUUCUUUUGUAUUCCGUCAUUUAUUUGCCAUCUUAUAAAAACUCGUAUAAUCUCUCUCUUCCCCCCCCCGCCGAUUUUCCGUGUCACCAAUUCUGUGAAAAGCAUUCUCCAAAAAGGAAUCAGUUUUGCCUAUCAACGGGGACUUGUGUGGAUCAUAUCCGCUUGUGGAUCAGACGGUAAUGCAUAGACAGGGAACUUUUCGUCUGUAUAGCAAGGAAAAAACGCGAUGCAGUUAUGCAUAGACGGACA